GUUCUCCUAUGGGGACAGCCGAAUAACCAUUUUAGGUUCUAGUUGCACCUUUUUUUCUAAGAGUGUACAGCUAUAGACAUUGACUUGUGUUGCAGCAUGAUGUUACAAGUUUAGUCAUGUUUAGGUUUCUGUUUUACUAGGUCUGUGGCAAAGCCUGUUAUCUUGAUUAGAAAGUGGUUUUAAUUGGUUUGCUGUUUUCAGUGUGAUCUUAUUCGUUCUGGAAUAGGCUCAACUUAAAUGUCAAGUCAUUGUAGGCCUAUAUGCGUCAACAUAUCAUAACCUUAGAACUCUGAUGCAUAGGUGGACUCUCUCCAUGUGUUGUUUCCAUAUAUUUUCAGCUGGGGUGGACAAAUGUAACACAUCUGGGCAAACACUGGUUGAAUAAACGUUGUUUUCCUCGUUGAUUUCACAUUAGUCGACAACUCAACCAAAUGUCAAUCAAAACUAGUCGUUGAACUGAUAUCUGUGCCCAGUGAGAUGAGCUCAGCUGGUUCUCACAGACUUGGUGGCUCUAGGCUUCAAUAAGGACCCAUUAGGACCUAAUCAUUGGGAAUCGAUCAGGCGUUAACGCACUUUUGCAAAUGCAAAUCUUGGAGAGGGCCGGGCCUAUAUAUGGAGGGCCAUAUCACUAUAUGCUCUGACCCUCCUCGGAUAGUUUGCUGAGCUCAUGGAAGCAAACAUGGUCAAUAACUUCUCUGUAGACUGGUUGGCGAAGAGCCAUCACGACACCAACCCGAAAGAAGGACCUGUGGACACUGGACAUGUGCAUACUAUGCUAACCCACUUCAAACCCCAUGUUCCUUGCAUGGUCCAGCCUCGACCUCCAACCUCUUCUAACAAGGUCUACCUCCAGCCAAAGCCAAAGACCACAAGGUUUGAAUUGACGAAUUCCACUGAAAAACCAAAGAAUCAGGAAUCCAGGUUGAGCUCACCUCUGCAUCCGACAAGCUGCUCUUCCCCAAGUCUUUCAGAAAACAGUGGGUACUCCUCGGCGUAUGAUAGUGAGGCUGCCUUCUCGGAAUGUCCCUCGGUGGAAGAGGGGAGCGAGGGAGAGAGAGACGGAGCCCAACGACGUGUACGUACUAGGUUCACACCGUCGCAGAUUGAAAAGUUGGAAAAGAUAUACAACAAGCACAAGUAUUCAGAUGCUGGAAAUCGAGUCAAAACGGCACUGAAGUUGAACCUCUCUGAAACUCAGGUGAGAACUUGGUUUCAGAAUAGGAGGAUGAAACAGAAACAGGAACUCCAAGACUUGCGCGCUGAGUACCUCGCUCCCGCCCAGUCUCCGAUGACGUUCCAGCCCAUGCGCCCAUUUCAGUACCACAGCUUCGGUGGACAGCACCUACCAUACACCCCUGCCAACCACGCGAUGUAUCCGCCCAUGGUGCAACAGAUGGUUUCUUAUCAUCAGCACCCCCACCCAACGAUGUCCAACGCAUAUUUUUACUAUAUUAAUUACAUAUUAAGACUAUACGCUACAGACUGAACUUUCGACUCAAACACUUACAAAUCCAUCUUUUAUCUUGGAUGGGAUUUUUGUAAAUAAUUUGUUUAAAGGUGUGCAGAGAUUAAAGUCUAUUUAUCAUUCAAGAAUAUCUUAUAUCACAACAUUUCUUUUUUAUUUAGUUUUAUUCGUAUGUAAUGUUACAACACUGCAUAACAACUUCCAGCUGAACAAUUAGCUUAUGCACAACAGUUUUGUGGUUUGACAGUAUGUAAAUCAGCAAUCUUCUCUGUAAGGGCAUGGGCAUAUUAGCGUAAUUUAAUUCUGAUAAGUGUAAGAUUAAUCAAACCAAAAUCAAAGUUUAUUGUUCUCAUACACAGAUUUGCAGAUGCUAACUCAGGUGCAGCGCCAACAGUGCAGUAAUGUGCUACCUAGCAAUUAUAGGUAUUUUUCCAGUACAUAUAUUAUAAAAGCAGAAUCAUUAUGGGUUUAAAAGAGGAUUAGUGACUACACCUGUCUGAUGUAUGAAACAUAUUUUGAAACAUGAUGUAUGAAACAUAUUAUGAAACAUGUUUUGUAAUCCAGAUGCAUGACUGGACAACCACAUUGUGACUGCAGUAAUUUACAUUGACAUUUUAGUCAUUUAGCAGACGCUCUUAUCCAGAGCGACUUUACAGUUAGUGAGUGCAUACAUUUAUUUUUAUUUUUAUCAAUGUACUAUAUAAUUAUCAUCAGGUGUGUAUGUAUAUUAUUUUUAAAGGAACUGUCUUUAUCACGCCACCAAUAGAGUCAGGCAAGAGGACGGGAAACCAAGCAGACAUGGGCAUAGACAGGAAAGAGGCUAGACAAGAAACGAUAGUGGCUCAAGGUCAACACAAAUAGCACUAUAACAGUAAUCCAAAUGCAAUCUAUGCAUAUCUACACCGGAUGAAUUGACACAAAAUAUACUAAGAAUGAUAUGUACAGCAGUAGAUAUAUGAAAUCAAACCAAAUCCAAAUGUAUUGGUCAC